GCGCAGGCGCGGUGCCACCGCAUCGGGCAGAGCAAGGCGGUGAAGGUCUACCGGCUCAUCACCCGCAACUCCUACGAGCGCGAGAUGUUCGACAAGGCCUCGCUCAAGCUGGGCCUGGACAAGGCCGUGCUCCAGUCCAUGAGCGGCCGCGAGGGCAGCAUCGCCGGGAUCCAGCAGUUCUCCAAGAAGGAGAUCGAGGACCUGCUGCGCAAGGGCGCCUACGCCGCCAUCAUGGACGAGGACGACGAGGGCGCCAAGUUCUGCGAGGAGGACAUCGACCAGAUCCUGCUGCGCCGGACCACCACCAUCACCAUCGAGAGCGAGGGCAAGGGGUCAACGUUUGCCAAG